AUGCUCUCUUUCCUUCGAUCAGCGCAACCAGCGCGCACAAACAAUACAGCCAACAACCCCAUUACCUACGACUCCGGUCGGUCUUCUGUCACCUUUGCGAAACCAAACUCAGACUACAUCAUGACACAUCGCAUUCCCCCAACUACAAAGGAACACGGCGUGUCUAUUGUCGCCCCGCCCUUCCACUACCACAUCUACCAAGACGAAUUCUUCCGUCUCCAAUCCGGCAAGGGCAACUUCUAUCGUGGUAUUGGCAAAGAACCGUUUGCUGUUCUUUCCGAUGAGGCUGAUGGUCAGCGCACGGCAUCAAUCAAAGCAGGUCGAUAUCAUCGCUUCGAGAAUGCUUCCGAGACGGAAGAUCUAGUGGUUGACAUCCAUUUGUCACCGGAGUCUUAUGAAGCUGAGCAGCGCUUCUUUAGAAAUUUCUUCGGUUAUUUGGAUGAUUGCAGAGAGGCAGGAAGACCGCCCAGUUUCUUCCAGCUGAUGGUGUUCCUUCAUGAUGGGGAUACACCAUUGGCUGUACCCCUGCCUUGGGAGUGGCUGGGGAAGGUUGCCAGCCGAUUGCUAUUAUGGGGAGCGGCUUAUUGGGGACGGUUCGUCUUGGGCUACAAGACAACGUAUCCCGAGUACUAUGAAGAGGUUCAAACGAGAUAG